CUAUUCCAUUCAGUCUGUAAGCCCUCAGCGUGAAAUGUUAUCAUGCCCACCUGUGCUCAUUACGACUAAUUAAACCCUUAAUAAUAACUUGUCACAAUUAAAAAAUAUAGUUCAAACAAUGGUAUCAUUUCUGGAAGGACACAGUUGUGGGGCACUCGUGUUUCAAAAUGCGGAUAUGGGUGGUAUUGAUAUGUAUUGUGGGGGUGAGAGGAGAGGAUUUUCCUUCGUUGAUAACAGCAAAUGCUUCUAUUGCGGUGGUGCUAGACCGGCAGUACCUCGGCGAGCAAUAUCAACCGCUUCUGGACGCGUUAAAAGACUACAUCAAGGAGCUGGCAAGAGUGGAGCUGAAGCACGGGGGUGUCGUUGUGCAUUACUACUCUUGGAGCACUAUCAGUCUCAAGAAAGGGUUCAUAGCAGUCUUCAGCAUAGCGUCGUGCGAAGACACUUGGUCUCUCUUCUCCCGGACAGAGGAAGAAGAAUUGCUGUUCUUCGCAUUGACAGAGGUCGACUGUCCGCGCUUGCCACCGGACUCCGCCAUCACGGUCACGUAUACAGGUCCCGGACAGGAGUUACCUCAGCUGCUGCUCGAUUUGAGGACUACGAGAGCUUUUAAUUGGAAGUCCGCUGUGAUUUUGCAUGAUGAUACUUUGAAUCGUGAUAUGGUAUCCCGAGUGGUGCAGUCACUGACAUCUCAGAUCGACGACGAAAACAUCCCGAGUACAUCCGUCACAGUUUUCAAGAUGAAACAUGAGAUUAACGAGUACUUAAGACGAAAAGAGAUGCAAAGAGUUUUGUCGAAGUUGCCUGUGAAACAUAUAGGUGAAAAUUUCAUAGCAAUAGUGACAUCCGACGUGAUGUCAACUAUGGCGGAAACGGCUCGGGACCUGUUGAUGUCGAACACGCAGGCGCAGUGGCUUUACGUGAUCUCCGACACCAGCAUCCGCAACUCCAAUCUUUCCAGCCUCGUCAACGAGCUGUACGAGGGCGAGAACAUCGCCUACAUUUACAAUAUCACUGACGAUAGAGAAGAUUGCAAGAACGGGCUAAUGUGCUACUCCGAAGAGAUGAUGAACGCGUUCAUCUCAGCUUUGGACUCGGCUGUUCAGGACGAGUUUGACGUGGCGGCCCAGGUUUCUGACGAGGAGUGGGAAGCCAUUAGACCCACGAAGAUACAGAGGAGGGAUACGCUGUUAAAGCACAUGCAGCAACAUAUCGCGGUAAACAGCGCAUGCGGCAACUGCUCGACCUGGCGAGCCAUGGCGGCCAACACCUGGGGUUCCACUUACGGUGGUUAUGUGCAAGACAACGAGGCGGCUCCUGAUAACGACACAAACGGAGCUAUACAGAAGAUAGAACUAUUGCAGGUCGCGUACUGGCGCCCUAGCGACGGCCUGCGAUUCACAGACUUCCUGUUCCCUCACAUCGUCCACGGCUUCAGAGGGAAAGUGUUGCCGAUCAUCACUUAUAACAAUCCUCCGUGGACGAUUUUAAAGGCCAACGAGUCGGGCUCCAUCUCCAGCUACAGUGGCCUCAUAUUCGACAUCGUCGACCAGCUGGCUAAGAAUAAGAAUUUUACGCUGAAACUUAUAUUUCCAGGGGAUUUGAAGGACGUUUUAUCUAACAAAACUGUGACUGACGACAUGUACAGUCAAAGUGCUAAGUUGACGAUGAUGGCCGUUGCGAGGAAGCAAGCCGCUUUUGCCGCCGCUGCAUUCACAGUGUUGUCCGACAGGAAUCCUGGUAUAAACUACACGAUUCCAGUGAGCACUCAGCCGUACGCGUUUAUCAUAGCGCGGCCGCGGGAGCUGAGUAGAGCCAUGCUGUUCCUGCUGCCCUUCACUACUGACACUUGGCUGUGUCUCGGCUUCGCAGUGAUCUUGAUGGGGCCCACUUUGUACAUGGUUCACCGUCUUAGCCCCUACUACGAGGUCAUGGGCGUCACGAGGCAAGGCGGCCUGGCUACCAUACACAACUGCUUGUGGUAUAUCUAUGGUGCUCUCUUGCAGCAAGGUGGUAUGUAUCUUCCUCGAGCAGACAGCGGCCGCCUUGUCGUUGGUACGUGGUGGCUGGUCGUUCUUGUGGUGGUUACCACUUACUCCGGCAAUCUAGUGGCUUUCCUGACAUUCCCUAAGCAGGAGGUGCCGGUCACCACCGUGGCGGAGCUGCUAGAGAAUCGAGCUGUUUACACUUGGUCUAUCAGCAGAGGCAGCUACUUGGAAUUUGAGUUAAAGAACUCGGACGAAACGAAGUAUGUGUCACUUUUGAAGGGCGCCGAUCUCACAUCAGACACCUCUGGCCUCGAGGGGAAUCUUGCUUCAGGAUCGCCAUUGCUUUCCCGUGUGCGUAAGGACCGGCACGUAAUCAUCGACUGGAAACUGCGUCUCAGCUACCUGAUGAGGGCUGAACAUCUCGCCACUGACAAAUGCGACUUCGCUAUGAGUGCGGAAGAGUUCUUGGACGAGCAAGUGGCAAUGAUAGUUCCCGCCGGCAGCCCUUACUUACCUGUCUUCAAUAAAGAAAUAAACCGCAUGCAGAAAGCGGGGCUCAUUACCAAGUGGCUAUCAGCGUACCUGCCAAAACGCGACCGCUGCUGGAAAACGUCCUCCGUCAUGCAAGAGGUAGACAACCAUACUGUCAACCUCAGAGAUAUGCAAGGCUCAUUCUUCGUAUUGUUCCUCGGGUUUUUCACUGCUUCGUCGGUUCUGCUGAUGGAGUGGUUCUACUAUAGAAGAAAGAGUCAGAAAGAGGAUGGCGCUAUCAAACCCUAUGUGGAAUAACAUGACCUC